GGAGUGGUUACCGGCGAACUGGUACUUGCCAUUUUUUCUUUUUUGGAGGUGGGGAAGGGGCACAAAAUGCCAUACAAGUUAUUCUCUUGAUUCGAGGAGCUCAGUUUUUGCGACCAUUUUCAUGGAGCUUCAUGUCCAGAGAGAUCAGAUUCAGAUCGAAACCUACCGUCACAAGUUUCUUCUGGAUUCACAUCCAUGGCGGACUCUGAUCUUCUCAACAACUUCACGGAUUCUCACUCAAUAGCAACCUUUUCCUUUUUCUUUCCAGGUUUUUGAAGUUCAACUUCACUUUCUUGCUCUCCCGGUUUUCUUCCUUGCAUUUUCAUCUUCGGGAGUUUAGUUCAUAUUCCAGAAUUGCAGAUACAUCAGAAAGUUUGCUGAAGAGAAGUUUCCAUUGUCUUGUGGAUGCUAGGAUAGAUUUUUAAGCUAGAGCUCUUUCACAUACCAUGUUCUGAAUUUAUCCAGGCACCUUGAUUCUAAGUGCUCGUCGUCCAGAUCGUGAAGCAUCUCGCCAUGCUCAAGCAAAUAUUGAGCAAACUUCCUCGGAAGUUGCAGAAGUCGGAGACUGUGGAUUCUGCAACAAACGAUUCUGGCAAUAAUUCUUCCCGUCUUGGACAUGUUUUCCAGUGUACAAAUGUCGGGAGUGCUUUCUCGAGUAAAUUAAAUGUCGUCAAACGUGUUUCUUCAGCAGUUUUCCCUGCAAGCAUUGCAGCAGAAGCAGUGGAUCCUCAUCUGUCAUUCAAAGAUGUUCCAAAUCCACAGAAGCAAAACCUGUUUGUCAGUAAAUUGAACUAUUGCUGUGAGGUUUUCGAUUUGAACAAUAUGGAGAAGCAGGAUCUUAAACGUCAAAUGUUGAUAGACAUUGUUGAUUUUGUUACCUCUGGAUCUGCAAAGUUCAACGAGACAACAAUUUCAGCAGUGUGUAAGUUAUGUGCUGCUAAUCUUUUUCGCGUAUUCCCACCCAAAUCUCGCUCAACUUCGUCUGGUGGAGAAACGGAGGAUGAAGAACCAAUAUUUGACCCAGCUUGGUCGCAUAUGCAAAAUGUAUAUGAUCUGCUGGUUCAGUUUGUCAGUAACAAUUCUCUAGAUGCAAAAGUGGCCAAAAAAUAUCUCGAUCAUUCUUUUAUCUCAAGAUUACUCGAUCUCUUCGAUUCUGAUGAUCCAAGAGAAAGAGAUUGCUUGAAAACAAUCCUUCACCGUGUCUAUGGGAAGUUCAUGAUACACAGGCUUUUCAUCAGGAAGGCUAUUAGCAAUGUCAUAUAUCAUUUUGUUUUCGAGACAGAGCGGCAUAACGGAAUUGCAGAGCUGUUGGAGAUCUUUGGUAGCGUGAUUACCGGGUUUGCAUUGCCAUUGAAGGAGGAACACAAGACAUUUUUAUGGAGGGUGCUCAUUCCUCUUCACAAACCAAAAUCGGUUGGAAUUUAUCAUCAACAAUUGACGUAUUGUAUUGUACAGUUCAUAGACAAGGAUCCCAAGUUGGCCAGUACAGUUAUAAGGGGACUCUUGAGAUAUUGGCCUUUAACAAAUAGCCAGAAAGAGCUGAUGUUUUUAAGUGAAACAGAAGAGAUUCUGGAAAUGAUCAGCAUGGUCGAGUUCCAGAAGAUCAUGGUCUCUCUCUUUCGGCGAAUCGGAUAUUGCUUGAAUAGCUCUCAUUACCAGGUGGCAGAGAAAGCUCACUUGCUUUGGAACAACGAACACAUCAUCAAUCUUGUUGCACACAACCGACAAGCGAUCAUUCCGAUUAUUAUCCCAGCACUCGAACGAAAUACACAAAAGCAUUGGAGCAACGCGGUACUAAAUCUAACUUUAAAUGUGAAGAAGUUGGUUCUUGAGAUGGACGAGGAGCUUGUGCUAGCUUGCGAGCUUGACUCGAAGGAGGAACAAUCAAGGUCGAUUGCAGCAUCAGAGAAGAGGAGAUUGACAUGGGAGCGACUCGAGAAUGCUGCAACUCCACAGCCUGUAUCUACUAACAUUUCGUUUCUGGUAGAACCAGCAGCAUGUGCAGUUGCUGGCUAGUCACUUGAAUUGGAAGAUCAACUCAACAAAACGACGGUAGUUACGCAGUAUCCCGGGAUCUAGUUCUUUGAUUCAACCGAGUUUUCGGUUCCAUGCCGAGAUGCAACAAACAAGCUAUGGAUGAUCUGAUCAGGUCCUGCUGAAACUAUCUGUACAGGUGUGUGGGUAAAAGCAGCCUCUCUGGUUGCCAUAGAUUUGACGAAAUCUGUAUCCUUUAUCAAACAGUGUGUUUCUUCACUGUUUUUCAUAUCUCAUUCAUGAUGGGAUUUUGUGCUUUUAAAUUCCAUUGGUAGCAUAUUGAAGCCUUCAGCUUUGAGCUUGUUUGUUCUUCUGAAAAUUCCAUGUCUUUUUCUC